AUGCUCAGCUCCUUCGGAUCCCUCGCAACGUCGGUGCUGCUGCUUCUUGCGGUCGCAACUGCCGCCCCCUCGCCCGAUGGAUCGUUAUCUGCCAGAAAGCACACUGUGCUCAAUAAGAGCAGCACUGAGCAUCCUUCGACCAGCUUGUACGACAACUUGCAGUCAUCCGAGCAGCGAUCGAUCGAGGAGGACGAGAGCAGUGACGAGAGAAAUGCCACGCCGUCUCUUCGGUCGAAAAAAGACAAAAAGACCGUCAAGAAGUCAAAGGGUACCACGACCAAGACGCCGUUAGCGAAGGUUUCCCCCGCCGGAGAUGACGACGUUGACGGUAAGGCCACCAAGUCCACCAAGUCGACCAAGUCGACCAAGUCCACCAAGUCCUCCAAGUCCUCCAAGUCGACCACGCCAGCCAAGUCCACCAAGUCCACCAAGUCGACCGGGUCGGUUCCGGACGGCACGUGGCCCGCCAGCAAGGGCUCCGUCCUGUACAGCGCGCCGUACGUGAUCAAGGCUGGCCAGGUCUUCGACGGCCAGAUGAAGACGUACGAGCGCUCGAACGUCAAGUGUUCGGGUGGAGAGGGUCAGAAGGACUCGGCCGUAUUCAUCGUAGAGGCCGGUGGUACUUUGAAGAACGCCAUCAUCGGAAAGAACCAGAAAGAAGGGGUGCAUUGCAACCAGCAUGAAUGCAAGAUUGACAACGUGUGGUGGGACGACGUGUGCGAGGACGCGCUGAGUAUCAAGGGCGGAUCAGCGUCCAGCGUGACCACCAUCACCAACUGCGGAGCGCGCCACGCCGAAGACAAAGUGGUGCAGCACAACGGCCAGGGAACGGUCAAGAUCAUAGGCUUCUUCGCCCAGGACUUCGGCAAGCUCUACCGAUCGUGUGGCACGUGCGGAAACAUCGCUCGCAAAGUCAUUAUGGAGAACGUGUACGCUCUCGAUCCGUUGGUGAGCGUCGUCACGGUGAACAAGAACUACAACGACCAAGCCAUACUGAAAAACAUUCGUGUGAAGACGACGACCAGCGGGUCAAGCGUCAAGGUGUGCCAAUGGUCACAGGGCGGCAGCAAGCCAUCCAAUCUGGGCGACGGGCCGUCGGGUAAGCUCUGUCAGUACACGACGAGUGACGUGCACAUCAACGAGCGCUGA